AAUUUUCCGGAGACUGGAAAAAUAAAAUUUUGUUAUACAAAAUGAUGAGUUUACAGCCACCGGAAGAAGGAGCGUCAGUUAGGCGCUACAGUAUAGAUACGGAUGAAUUGGUCAAACGAAUUCAUGCAUCAAAACCGAAAUCAGUAUUUUUGGAUGCAAAACCGAAAGUGACCAAUCAACGUGCGACUUUUGGGAAGAAAUCAAAAAUCGACGUAACCGAACAAGGACUACAAUCGAUUAAGCGAGCUGCUUUCGCAUCAGAGACUAGCGAUGAGGAUAUUGUUUACAAGAGCUCAUUGCCCGUUUAUCGAUUUCUUCGGGUUCUUGGCAUUUUUCCCUAUAGCCGAAAUGAACCGGGCCAAGCUGAAUUUGUGUUAAUGUCAAAAAUUGUCGCGUAUGCUGUCUUUAUCUACAUUUUACUCGCGACAUACGUUUUUUUCAUCGCUCAGGAUCGAAUCGAAAUUAUUUCAUCGCUUGAAGGACGUUUUGAGGAAUCGGUUAUCGCCUACCUGUUCCUUUUAAAUAUUUUACCCAUCGUAAUUAUCCCAAUGACAUGGAUCGAAACACGAAAAUUUACCGACGUAUUGAACAAUUGGACAGAAUUUGAGAUUCUGUAUUACAAAGUAUCCGGCCGUGUUUUGCCAUUGAACACCCAAACGAAAGCGUUGUUAAUCGCAAUUCUGCUUCCGGCACUAUCGAGUUUGUCUGUGAUUAUAACUCAUUUAACAAUGGUGGAAUUCAAACUAUUCCAGAUAGUUCCAUACUGUAUUUUGGAUAAUGUGACCUAUAUGAUGGGCGCCUAUUGGUAUUUGGCUUGUGAUUCUUUGAGUCGGUCGGCGACUAUCUUGGCAGAAGAUUUUCAGCAGGCUUUACGUCACAUUGGUCCAGCAGCCAUGGUUGCCGAUUAUCGCGCAUUAUGGCUUCGAUUAUCGAAAUUAUGUCGUGAUACCGGAACAGCGACGUUCAUCACCUUUACAUUUCUCAAUUUGUAUCUCUUCUUUACGAUUACAAUUUCGAUUUAUGGUUUGAUGUCACAAAUUUCGGAAGGAUUUGGUCUAAAGGAUAUUGGUUUAAUGCUGAAUGCGUUCUGCAAUAUUUCUCUAUUGUUCUUUAUUUGCGAUGAAGCGCAUUAUGCGAGCCAACACGUGCGAACAAAUUUCCAAAAGAAACUGCUUAUGGUUGAGCUUAGUUGGAUGAAUUCCGACGCGCAAACGGAAAUCAACAUGUUUUUGCGUGCUACCGAAAUGAAUCCCUCAAAUAUUAACUGUGGUGGCUUUUUCGAUGUGAAUCGAAACUUGUUUAAAUCGCUUCUAACAACGAUGGUUACUUACUUGGUGGUUUUGUUGCAAUUCCAAAUUUCUAUCCCGGAUGAUGCUUCAAAUUUUGUAAAUGGAACAAUGGUUAUGAAUAUUACACGGCCGGUCACUUAAAUUGGUCGCCGAGCUACGUAUCAGACGAUAAAUAUAUUCGCAUUAGUCAUCGAAAAAUAUUGCCUGCCUAAUUUGUGUACACCAAAAAUGAUAUUGAAACAAACCGUAAAGAGCAAAAAAGCUCAAACGACGAUGCAAAACUCGUGCAAUAUACGUAUAGAGAAGCAUAUACAUUUCACAAUAUUUUUUGUUUGAUCAAAAUUUAUUGUUGAUGCCAUUUACGGUAUAAGAGCGCGACUAAGAAGAAACAAACAAAAAAAGAAACACACAUAGAGAGUCUUGAAAUCCGACAUAAAAAGCCAUAAAGCGCCGAAAUACACACCGCUAAACUCUAUCGCUUUUGCAUAGCACAUUCGAAUCUUGCACACACACAAUAUAAGACACCGAAGAGCGCGCGCGUUCACAUACACAGUGUCAA